AACGUUGCUAUGUUGGCGCAUGCGUGUCGAUUAGUUUUGUUUUUGCCCGUUGCUUUUACUCUCUUCUAUUGUAUGAUAAGUACCUGUUUUGACGUUUUCCAAUGAGCUAAAUCAAAUAUUCCAUUUUAAACGCAUUCAAAAUUCAUUGAAAUCCAUUUAUUAUUUUGGUAAUAUUCAAUACCAAAACGAAAGCAGAUAUAACAACUUUCAACAAUAAGUCAACGAUUUAAACAUCAAAAUUUUCUUGUUUUUCACUAAAUUUGUUCAAUCAAGACUGAAACCUUACGAUGGCUCCACAGAAAGGGAAGCAAGGGACUAAAGGUGCCAAACAGAUUGUCGAAGAAAAUUCGGCAACAUUGAAGUUUUACCAAUACAUGGCCGCCGGUUCGACGACCAUUUUUUUCAUAAUUAAUUUUCUAUUUUUUGAAUUCACCGGAAUAGUAUCGUCGAUGGCAUUUAUUUCGGUUGCAAUCAUGCUUGGCUCUUAUCAAUUUAUGGCAUUUAUGUCAAAAGCAAAGUAUUCGGAGAGCGGAAUGCUGCUAGACAGUGGCAGUGAUUUGAACAUGGAGGGUGGAAUAGCGGAGAAUGUCAAAGAUUUAAUUAUUUUAACGAGUGGUACACAAGUGCUGUCGCUGAUAUCGAAUUGGUUUUGGAUUUUGUUGUUGCUCGCUCCAGUUCGUGCAAUUUGGAUGCUUUGGGGUUCAGUGAUCAAACCAUGGUUAAGUCAACGUAACGAGCAACCCGAAGUCGAUGAAAAAAAGCAGAAAAAGCUUGAACGAAAAAUGAAACGGGAACAAAAGUUCAGAUGAAUUUUUUUCACAAUAAUAGUUUAAUUGUGUGAAUGCCUUCGAGAAAAAAAGACAUAAUUGUGUGCGAUUAAAUCACUAUGUUUGAAUGUAUCAAUUGCAAUAAAAAAAAAAUGAGUGGGAUUUUGACGAAAAGAAAAUUUCAGUUAAAUAGAAACAAACCAAGGGACAGAUGAGAACUAAAUGUAUUGCUAUUUAUUUUUUUUAUGAAAUCGAUAAUAAAAAGGAAAAAUGUGCA